AUGUUGGAACGGGCAACCGCCUGUUUCGAGAGCGCAGGACGGCGUUUCUUCCGAGACUCCCAUGACGCGAUUCGAACACGGAGGUCCUUGUCUCGCAACUUCUGGAGACACAAUGCCGCCUCAGAGGACUUUUCCAAUUGGUUUCUCGCCCUGGUACAAUCCCCGGAUAAACGCUCGUCCUCCGCUCUCAACCCGAUCCCCGGAAGUCCGACGGCCCUCGAUGGAGGAACGCCUUUCCUCGACUUCUUAUAUCCUCAAGCCACCCGACCAGAAUCAGUCUUCCGGCUAUCUCGCAAUUCAAAAAGACUGGGAUCGCGUCGGAAGAGAAAAUCAUUACUCGGCUUCUCACGAACAUACACGUCCGAAGCAGUCUCGAACCCUCCGGCAACGCUUCUUGAUGACCAGGGAGUACACAGAGCAUACUCACAUGGAGGCCCGGCAGACCCACCUAGCCAGGCCAUGAAAGAUCUUUGGACAUUACUGCAAAGCCAAGACACGGACUUUGAUAAGGCAUGGGUGCUGUACCUCGCCGCCGGUGAACCGCCAGCAAUCCGCACCGCGCUUUGCAGUUAUCUGUCAAGGUCUGGCCGGCGUUCAGAUCAGGACUUGGCCUGGCAAGUAUUUGGCCAAAUCCCUCUCGAAGAUCGCUCGGCCGAUAUUUUCCUUCCCAUGGUCCAUUCGCAGCUCCGAUAUGAGGACCCUACGAGGUUGAAGCAACUUGCCCAACAAGCCAUUCAGUGCGACCUUGCAGAUCGCUGCACUCCAUGGAUUUUCGCGUACUUUUGGAAAAGGGAGAGGUGGACAGAUGCUGUCGAAAUUUGGGAAAUGCGGUCGUAUCUGCAAACAUCAGCCAAAAACCCAUCGCCACAGACGUACUUCUCGCGGAUGACAGAACACGCAAUUCUUCAAAAGGGGCUUGAGUUUACCAGGCAUUUGCGAUACAAUCCAGACCAAAGAAUUCCACCCGCCUUGAGCCUUGGACAACAGCUUUUGGAAACCAUUUAUCAGUCCCCAAAACAACCUGAACACGGCUCUUUAGAUGCUCUCCUCGAAAUUCUCAAGUCAUGCAGCGAGAUUGGUUUACAGACGACGCCAUAUUAUCUCAGCAGCAUCAGCACCCUCCAAUCAUCAUCAACACGCUCUGGCUUUUCCCGCUCGGCGUUCUUUUACCAUCAACUACGCCGGGAGCUACCUCGUUAUGUGCCUUCGAAAGAUCUGCUCAAUCGGCAACUGAGCGCACUUCAGUUUUGGGCCGCGACUGGCGAGAUUGAAUUCUUCCUGGAGGAGUUCAUCUACUUCUAUGGAAAACCGAGUUUCAGAGCUUACCGCCACGCCUUAAAUUGCUUUUCUCAUGCGGGCGAUGUUUCCAAGGUCGACUUGAUUUUCAAUAGAAUGUUGGCGGACUAUGGAAAGCCGUUCAAUUGUGGCCCUCUUGUUCCAUUGCUCAUGGUUCAUGCGCAAAAGGGGAACCCGAAGGAAACAGAGCGACAAUUCCAGAGAGUGAGCAGUGAAUUCGGCCUUAAACCGGAUACGUACUGCUGGAACGUGCUUCUGAAGUCGCACGCGGCCAAGAAUGAUUGGGCUAGUAUGUGCUCUGCUUUCACGCAGAUGCUGAAGAAUGGCGCCAACCCGGAUUCGCAUACUUUUGGUACCUUAAUGCAAAUUGCAGCCAAGCGAGGCGAUAUCGAUAGCACUCGUCGGCUGCUGAAAGAAGCGCAAGACUGCCAAGUGCGCAUUACGAUGCCACUUCUCCAAGCAAUCAUCAAGGCAUACUGUCACAAUGGAGAAUUGGAACUUGCCGAAAAACUUGCGGGAGCCUCUCUGAGUCUUAACGCUGAAGGCUCGUCCCUCAAAAUGUGGAACACAAUUUUGCUUCACUACGCGCGCAGAAUGGACGUGAAGGCCUGCUAUCGAAUCCGAGCCCGCAUGGAAUCUGCCGGUGUCUCACUGAAUGCUGGCAGCUACUAUGCAAUUCUUCUUGGGCUCGUUCUGGCUGGCAGGACCGAGAGGGCGCGACGAAUGCUCAGAGAGUUGCACAAAAAGCGUCGCAUGUAUGCCACAGAGAUGCAUUUAUCUCUUAUCCUCCAUGGAUUUGUCCGGGAAGGCAAUCGAGAUAUGGUGCACAUCAUCUUCCGUGAGAUCCUUGAGCGAUUUGGCAAGGCUGGCCCUCAAUCAAAUCUUUUGUACCUCAAAUAUCAGGUCCAACGUGAUUUGGAGAUUGCAAAGGAGAAUGGAAUUACGGAAGGUGCUCGUUUGCGCCUGGCGCUUGGAGAACAGGUUUUACAACAAUCGAUUGAAAGAUCUGAUCCGGCGCCAUCGGUUUCCGAUGCUACAGACUAUGCAUUGUCACUGCAGUACCAGCAUCUCAUCAAAGAGUAUGGGAAACGAGGCGGAGUUGAGCGCGCUCGUGCACUCUUCCUACAGUAUGCCGAUGGCAGAACUCCGGAAAUGCCACAGGGCAAGGAUCCCAAGCGGAUUCCAAUGGGCAUUCUGGCUGCCAUGAUGACUGUUCACCUGAAGGCCGGAGAGUACCAGAAAGUGGAGGAUCUCUGGAAGAUUCUGCUCUCUGACGCCAUCAAGAAGGCCGGCCGCAUCCAUCUUGACAUGCUCCAGGAUCCCCCUGUCCCAGCGCCCAAAUCAUCCGAAAAGAGCGUCCCCGCGUCAAAGACCCAAGAUAUUCCUGCAACACUCAAGAACUCUGAGCCCAAGUCCACUCAUGCUUCUACUUCACCGGAGAAGAACAUCAUUCUACCCGCGCAGCGCUUCAUUCUCGGCCAAGCCCUUUCCAUCUACAUGCGGGCCUUGGGUUACAAGAACGAGACGAGUAGGAUCCGCGAUAUUGUUGCGCAUCUUGAGCAUCUGGGUUUUGUAUUGACCACUUUCAAUUGGUCAACAUGGGUGCAGAUGCUAGCAUCUUCCGAUAACUUCUCCGAUCAGCUCAACGCUUUCGAAACCUUUGAGCAGAAAUUCGCUCCAUUUUUCCCCGGCUGGUAUAAGCUUUUACGCGGAUUUGGCUUGAAGUCUUCUGCGGUGCCUAGGGAGGUUUGGAUGCUGGAAGCUCCCCAAGCUGAGCGAUGGGAUAGUCUUCUUGGAAAGAAAGCACGAGGGCACUGGAUGAAGAUAGAGCCGGACCUCCCGCAACCUACCUACUACACCAUGGCUUUCCUUGCAGCGUCACUAAACCGCAUUCGAGAUAAGACCAUCUCCCAAGGAAACAUCGAGCUCCAAAUCGUGAAUGCUGCAGCCCCCAAAACAGUCAAGUUCCUUGGGCAAAUGCCGUAUAAGCGUGACAAGAUCCAGGGCGUCUUAGUUCGAAACCGUUCAGAACAACUUGACAAAGCGAAAGCUCCGCACGAGCGUCGUGUCGUACCUGGUGGUGUUCUCGGUGUUGGCGGAGUUGCUAGGUAUCGAAACGACCUUUUUGACGAGGAUGAGGAGCAGCCUGAACUUUCGGGCAUUAUCCCUAUCAGUGACUUGGCAGAAGACACGACCCAUUUAUCUUGGAUGGAAGAUCUUGGCGAAGUUGGACCAGAGAGCGUGAUUACCCCCGAACAUCGAAUUGAUGCCGAAGGACACGUUCGUCACUCCCGCCAGAAGCGCCAGCGAAGUCGCAAGCUACACCUGGCUGGUGUCGUUGGCCGCGAAAAGGUGCGAUACAAACGCUCGGAAAGCGGAAAAUCGAAUAACGAUUCGAUAUUGCCGAAUGUUUCGACGAUGGGAGGUUUGUCUUCGAUGGAUCAACAGCCACUGGCGGAGGACGAGCCUUCCGCUGUCAGCCAAGUAACAGAAGUGCACCACGACCAACAUCAAGCUGAAAAUGUUGCGUCGGCCACAGAGAACCUCGACGGAAAAAAUAGAGGAGGAAAGGCCGAUGAAUAA